AUGCCUCAUGGCUUCGACAAACUGCUAAAUCAUUCACCCGAGCCCGAAUCAUCUCCAUCUCCAUCUCCAUCUCCACCACCACCACCACGAGUUGAAUCGACUCAACCAAGGUAUCACCUUCAUGUCCGUCAACAACCCAUAGCUGCACGAGCAUGUGGUGCAGGAGACCGAGAUAGACGUCCAAUCGACCCUCCACCAAUCGUCCAAAUUCUACUUUCAGACUUUGACCCAGAAUCAGACAACGACAAAGAGAUUCUCCAAGAUCCAAGAUUCACAGUCGGAUGUCUAUUAUUCCCAGUAGCAGACGCACACAGCAGACCACAACCACCAAUCCUAGAACCCGAAGAAAACGACCGAGAAAGAGAUGGUGUUGCACGCGCUGACGACGAUUUCUCCACACCAUUAUUGUCCGGAAAAGCAUUCAUGUCACCAUUCUACGUGGACGCAGAUCCCGAUCCAAAUUCCGCACCAACACAUCCCUCCUCAGCAGAUGCCCACCAAAAUAACCCAUUUAAUCCAUUCACAAUCCAACCACCCCCGAAUCCAAAUUUACGAAAUGCGUCAAAAUUACACCAACCAGCCACAUUCUUCAUCUUCGCAGAUCUCUCAAUUCGCACGGCGGGGUUAUAUCGAUUACAAUUCCGACUUAUGAAUUGGGGUUCCGUCGAAGAUACUGGUCAAGCUAUGCCUAUACUAGCAGAAGCUUGGUCUGAUCCGUUUCGGGUUUAUCCAGCGAAGGAUUUUCCUGGGAUGAGGGAUUCGUCGAUUUUGGCGGAGGGGUUGAAAGAGUUAGGGUUUGUGGAGUUGAAGACAAGAGGCAAAGGGAAAGGGAAAGGGAGGAAGAGAGUUUAA